CGUGGCGUCGAGCGGCGGGCCGCGGGUGGGGCCGGCCGGCAGCGGGAGUAGCGUGGCUCUUCAGCGUGCACCUGAGAACCGACGCCCCUCGUCUUUCAGGCUGCGCCGCGCAGGUCUCUGCCGCCAUGAACCGCUUCAAGGUGUCCAAAUUCCGGCACACGGAGGCCCGGCCGCCACGCCGGGAGGCCUGGAUCAGUGACAUUCGUGCAGGGACUACCCCCACAUGUGGCAGUCAUAUCAAAUCGAGCUGUAGCUUGAUUGCCUUCAAUUCUGACCGUCCAGGUGUGUUGGGUAUUGUACCUCUGGACAGCCAUGGGGAGGACAAGAGACAUGUGGCCUACCUGGGUUGCCAUUCAGACCAGGUCACCGACUUGGACUUCUCUCCCUUUGAUGACUUCCUCCUGGCCACUGGCUCAACUGACAGAACGGUGAAGUUCUGGCGGCUGCCAGGCCCUGGCCAGGACCUGCCCUCAGUGCCUGGGGUGGUGUUGGGUCCUGAGGAGCUACCAGUGGAAGUACUGCAGUUUCACCCUGUUGUGGAUGGUGUUCUGGUGAGCACAGCAGGCCGCACUGUGAAGAUCUGGGACGUAGCCAAGCAGCAGCCCCUGACAGAGCUGGUGAGCCACGGAGACCUGGUCCAGAGUGCUGUCUGGAGCCGAGAUGGAGUCCUUGUGGGCACGACUUGCAAGGACAAGCAGCUGCGGAUCUUUGACCCCAGAGCAAGUGCUAAGGCCUCUCAGAACACUCAGGCCCAUGAGAACAGCAAAGAGAGCCGGCUGGUGUGGACAGGUUCCCAGCAGCACCUCGUGUCCACUGGAUUCAACCAGAUGCGCGAGCGGGAAGUGAAGCUCUGGGACACCCGGGUCUUCUCCAGUGCCCUGUCUUCCCUCACUCUGGACACCUCACCCAGGUCUCUGAUACCCCUGCUUGACCCAGACUCAAGUCUCCUGGUCCUAGCAGGAAAGGGCGAGAGUCAGCUGUACUGCUAUGAAGUAGCCCUGCAGCAGCCAGCAUUGAGCCCAGUGACUCAGUGCGUGUUGGAAAGUGUGCUGCGGGGGGCAGCCCUUGUCCCCCGGCGGGCCCUGGCUGUCAUGGGCUGUGAGGUACUCCGUGUCCUGCAGCUGAGUGAUACAGCCAUUGUACCCAUCAGCCACCAUGUGCCCCGAAAGGCUGUGGAGUUCCAUGAAGACCUGUUUCCAGACACUGCUGGCUGUGUGCCCGCCUCUGACACCCAAGCCUGGUGGGCUGGGAGCAACCAGCAGGUGCAGAAGGUCAGUCUCAACCCAGCCUGCCGGCCCCACCCCAGCUUCACUUCCUGUCUGGUACCCUCUAUGGAGCCUUCCCCAGUCACGACCCAGCCUAUGGAGACUCCUGGGACCAAUGCAGACCCAAGUGAGGGCUUCUCUUCCCCUCCCAGCUCACUGACCUCACCCUCCACGCCCUCCAGCCUGGGACCCUCAUUCUCCAGCACCAGCGGCAUUGGUACCAGCCCCAGUCAGAGGUCGCUGCAAAGCCUCCUGGGCCCCAGCUCCAAGUUCCGCCACGCUCAGGGCACUGUCCUGCACCGAGACAGCCACAUCACCAACCUCAAAGGGCUCAACCUUACCACACCUGGCGAGAGCGAUGGUUUCUGUGCCAACCGGCUGCGAAUAGCUGUGCCCCUGCUCAGCAGUGGUGGGCAGGUGGCAGUGCUGGAGCUGUGGAAGCCUGGCCGCCUGCCCGAUACAGCGCUGCCCACGCUACAGAAUGGGGCAGCAGUGACUGACCUGGCCUGGGACCCUUUCGACCCCCACCGCCUCGCUGUGGCCGCAGAGGAUGCUCGGAUCCGACUGUGGCGAGUGCCCCCGGGGGGCCUGGAGGAUGUCCUCACCACACCUGAGACUGUACUCACAGGUCACACAGAAAAGAUCUACUCUCUGCGCUUCCACCCACUGGCGGCCGACGUGCUGGCCUCCUCCUCCUACGACCUCACCAUCCGCAUCUGGGAUCUUCAGGCCGGAGCUGAGCGGCUGAGGUUGCAGGGCCACCAGGACCAGAUCUUUGGUCUGGCCUGGAGUCCUGAUGGGCAGCACCUGGCCACUGUGUGCAAGGAUGGGCGUGUGCGGGUCUACCAACCCCGGAGCAGCCCUGAGCCCCUGCAGGAAGGCCCAGGACCUGAGGGAGCUCGUGGAGCUCGCAUUGUCUGGGUGUGUGGUGGUCAAUGUCUGCUGGUGUCUGGCUUUGAUAGCCGAAGUGAGCGCCAGUUGCUGCUGUAUGCAGCUGAUUCCAUAGCGGGUGGCGCCUCUGCAGUACUGGGCCUCGAUGUGGCUCCCUCCACCCUGCUGCCCAGCUAUGACCCAGAUACCGGCCUGGUGCUCCUUACUGGCAAGGGUGACACCCGAGUGUUCCUGUACGAGCUGCUCCCCGAAGCCCCUUUCUUCUUGGAGUGUAACAGCUUCACGUCAUCAGACCCUCACAAGGGUUUUGUCCUCCUGCCAAAGACUGAGUGUGACGUGCGGGAGGUAGAGUUUGCUCGAUGCCUGCGGCUGCGCCAUACCUCCCUGGAGCCUGUUGCUUUCCGGCUGCCCCGAGUCCGGAAAGAGUUCUUCCAGGAUGAUGUUUUCCCAGACACAACCAUGAGCUGGGAGCCAGUGCUCAGUGCUGAGGCCUGGCUGGGAGGUGCUAAUGGUCAGCCCCGGCUACUCAACCUUCAGCCCACCGGCAUGACCCCAGUGAGCCAGGCCCCCCGUGAGGCCCCUGUCAGGAAGACCCCAUCUUCAGCACAGUACCUGGAAGAGAAGUCAGACCAACAGAAGAAAGAAGAGCUGCUCAAUGCCAUGGUAGCCAAGCUGGGGAACCGUGAGGACCCACUGCCCCAGGACUCCUUCGAAGGGGUGGAUGAGGACGAGUGGGACUAGCCUGCUCACCAGGUUCCCCUGGCCUCAGCUGCCACUGCCACCUCCUAGAGCACACCUCAUAUCUCUUCCAACUGGAGGCUGCCACUCUGGCCCUGGCACACUUCUCCCAGAAGCCCUGGCCUCCUGCAGAGCUUGGGCACUUCCACGGCUGCUGGGCCCACCGCCACUCCAAUGACUGUCCGCACCUCUGCUUCCUCUGGGACGAGCCGCCUCUCCUCAGCUGCCUGCUAGCAUGUGGAACCAAGGAGUGGGGGGUGGGGGUCAGUAGCAUGUCCCUGGGCAGGCCCUGGGCUCCCUAUCUUCCCUACUCUUUCUGCCGCCUGGGCUGGCUUUGUCUAGCAUUUUCAGUUGCUACAUGCCAACCCAUCUUGCCUGCUGCCCCAAUUCUAGUCAAGGGUGUUGGGGGCUGGUCCUCCACCAAGACAUUUGGAGCAGCUCCAGCCUCAGGGGCCUCGGGCCAGUUACCCUGUUUCCCAUGGCAAGUCAGGAGAAGAGGGUCUCACCCAGCCAACGACCCAGCUAGGGUCAUGUGAGCCCCUCAGGGACCACCCUGCAUGAGCCCUGGGUAUUCUCAGCAAUUAAACUUUUCUAAGCUGGCCAUCUCCUGUGCUACUCUAGUUUGUGAGGCUGGAAGAGGGAAGGGGACAGGAGUAUGAGUGAGGGAGUAGGCAC